GCGAGGAGGAGCCGUCGGUGUGUUUGCGUCAACACCGCGAAGGAUCCGUCCGUGGACGCGUUUCAGGAGCGAGAUGGCCGCGUCCUCCAAGUUCAGCUUCUCCGUCAGGAGUAUCCUCAAUUUGCCGGAGCAGGAGGCGCAGGCGGCGACGCGCUCGCCCUACUCUCCCUGGAUGGACGGCGAGCGGAGCCCCUGCCUGUCGUCUGACGAAGGAAGCCUGGAAGCGUCCCCGGACUCCACCAAGAUGGACGAGUCCUCCCUGGACUCGGAGGGAGACAAGAAGAACAAGAAGCGGCGGGUUCUCUUCUCCAAAGCGCAAACUCUGGAGCUGGAGCGGCGCUUCCGCCAGCAGCGGUACCUGUCCGGUCCGGAGAGAGAGCAGCUGGCUCGGAUCCUCAGCCUCACCCCGACCCAAGUCAAGAUCUGGUUCCAGAACCACCGCUACAAAAUGAAGCGAGGCCGGGCGGAUGGCGCGCUGCUGCAGGACUUGGAGCUGCAGCAUCCUCCGCCGAUGCUGCGCAGAGUGGUGGUUCCGAUCCUGGUUCGAGAUGGGAAGCCCUUCCACAGCCUUGACUCGGAGAAAACACCGCAUCACCCACCGGUUCCCAUCCACUUUGUCUACCCGGCUCUGCAACAUCCUCCCCACCUGUCGCUCCAUCACCGGUACCAGCACUUUCAGAGCCCCGCGGCCUCCAGACUGGCCUGGACGGACGUUUGGAGCGAGCCGGUCCACGCCAGCGCCUUCAAAUGAAGAAGAACCUGGAGGAAAACAAACGCACAAACUCACUUCAAUUUGAACUCUAUUUUCUGAAAAUAUACUUAUUUUUUGAAAAGCAACUUAAACACGAAGAUGAAAUAUUUUGCACAUUUUUUUUGUUCAAUUCUGUGAUUUUUUUUUUAAGGCUCUCUUUGUUUUGAAUAUUUUGUGGAUGCAUGUAACGUAGAUAAUUUCGGAAGACCGUUCCUGCCGUGUAAAAUGUUACACUUCAUUAAUAAUCGUUUGGAUUUUCUAUGGCAUAAUUUAGACUUUAUUCUCUCAUUUUAACAUGUUUACUUUCCUGAUUUGUAUUUUCCUCCCAAAUUCCGCCUUACAGAGCAUCAAUGUGGGCGUAAUAAAUCAUUGGCAUUUCAGUUUAAACAGGUCAUUUUUAGAGGCUUUUUUUGUUAGUAAUUAUACUUUUUAAGUUUGUUAAUUGUUAAA